GACUCGACCAGAUUAUUUAUUCUGGUGUAAACACACAAAUAAUUCAGUACCGGUUUACAUCGCCUGCAGAUUUUACUCUCCAUCCCCCUCUACAUCCUGUGGUUUAAUAACUGAUAGUGAGAGAGUGGAGAUGAUGGUGAACUCUGAGAACUCGUCUCUCACUAUAAGAUCAUUUAAUGUCUCUGAUUCAGGACUCUAUUACUGCUGUUCUCUCUAUCAGAAGUACAUGAUCUACAGUAACUCUACCUACCUACAGAUCAGAGAGUCCUCCAGGAUCCCAGACAAAGCCCCAGCCGGUUCUGCUGCUGAUGGUGUGUUCCCGUUGCUGACUCUGCUGUUUGGAACGAUGAACGCUGUUCUCCUCAGUGCUCUUCUCAUCCUCAUCUUCAUUAUUCAGAGCUACAGGAAGGAGCUGAGAGAAGAGCGGGAGAGGGUAAAGUACAGAACUUAA